UUAACUUAAACCCAAAGCCCAGUGAAUGUGGAUAGCAAAAACAUGGAGGGUAUAUGUAGCAGGUUGGAAGGGGUGAGGUUUUACUAAGGCGAGGCCCAUAAACCCUUGAGUUGUUUGUGGAAGCAACAAACACAAAUAAACCCUCUGCCGCCAGCACAGCUUUCACUCCAUUUUGUUUCAGUUAUGAUUUCUUCAAUUUCUUGGAUUCCCAAAGGGGUUCCCAAGUCAGAACCCGUUUUCGCCGAACCUCCUUCUCAGGAAGAUAUUCAACAACUUCUUUCCAACUCUCUCACAAGUGUAGGAGAAGAGAGUGAUAAUGAAGACGCUAACAAACAGAACGAUGAAGUCGCACAAGCUCUAACCGUCGCGGAUGCUAUUGGCAAAACAUCCAAUGAUAAAUAUGACGAUAUUACCCUCGCAUUGAAGGACCUUCAAAUGGAAAACUAUGACGAUGAGGAGGACAAAGGAUUUGAAUUAUUCAGUUCGGGGAUUGGUGAUCUUUAUUAUCCGAGUAAUGAAUUGGAUCCAUAUAUCAAAGAUAAGAAUGAGGAGUAUGAUUCUGAAGAUCUUGAAGACAUGAUCAUUACUCCAACUGAUUCGGUUAUUGUUUGUGCGCGUGCUGAGGACGAUGUCAAUCAUCUCGAAGUUUGGAUACUUGAGGACGCCAAUACCCGUGAUAUGAACAUGUAUAUUCGCAAUGAAAUCAUGAUUCCAGAAUAUCCACUCUGCACGGCUUGGCUUGAUUGCCCCCUUAAAGGAGGAGAAAAAGGGAACUUCUUGGCUGUCGGUUCAAUGGGACCAGCCAUAGAAAUUUGGGACCUUGAUGUUGUUGAUGAAGUAGAGCCUUGUGUAGUGUUGGGUGGCAAAGAGAAAAGGAAAAAGGGGAAAAAUGGGAAAAAGAAAUCAGCAAAGUACAAAGAGGACAGUCACACUGACUCAGUACUUGGUCUUGCUUGGAACAAGGAGUACAGCAAUACACUUGCAAGUGCCAGUGCUGACAAGCGAGUCAAGAUUUGGGAUGUUGUUACUGGAAAGUGUAAUAUUACAAUGGAGCAUCACACCGGCAAGGUUCAAUCAGUUGCUUGGAAUUAUCAUGCACCACAGGUCCUUCUUAGUGGUUCGUUUGAUCGUACUGUUGCCUUGAAGGAUGUAAGGAUACCGUCGCAUUCUGGCUUUACGUGGUCGGUCAGUGCUGAUGUAGAGAGCUUGGCAUGGGAUCCACACACUGAGCACUCUUUUGUGGUGAGUCUUGAAGAUGGUACCGUCAAGUGUUUUGAUGUUCGGACUGCCAUGUCCAAUGCCACAUCUGAGCAGAGUGCUACUUUUACAAUUCAUGCACACGACAAAGAGGUUACCUCUGUAUCCUAUAAUAAGUCAGCACCGAAUCUUCUUGCUACUGGAUCCACUGAUAAAACGGUGAAACUAUGGGAUUUGUCAAACAACCAACCAUCUUGUGUCGCAUCUAAAGCUCCAAAAGCUGGUGCUGUCUUUUCUAUCUCUUUCUCAGAGGACAACCCAUUCUUGUUGGUUAUAGGAGGCUCAAAGGGAAAAUUACAUCUAUGGGACACCUUAUCUGACGAUGGCAUCUCUCGUAGAUAUGAGAAAUACAACAAGAAUCGACCUCAAUCUGGGGCAUGAUAUAUAAUAUUGAGUUAUAGUGAUCUCUCGGCCCUCCACCCCUUCCCAUGAAGAAAAUGUUUGGAUUUGUAUCUACUGAACUGCAAACAAGUUGUGUUUCAUGUUCCAACAUUUUGGAAUUCACUGCAAAAUACAACAGUCUUCACUUAAUAUUUUAUUAUAUCUGUAUUUGGUUUCUUUGUCUAUGUAAUGAGCUUCAAUGCUUUUGGUAGUUUAGUGGUAUUUAAAUUUUGGAACAAUAUAUUAUUUAGAAUGGAUUAAUAUACAGUUUGUUAGUGACACUAUGUCCAUCAUAUUUUCUAACAAGUUUUGAAAGGAAGUUCUCUAAA